GAAAUUUUCCACAAGAAGUUAUUGUUCGUGCUAAUCCAACUGGAUGGAUAAAUGAAAAUGAAAUGUUAUAUUGGAUUGAAAAUGUUUGGAUUAAACGUGCUAAAAAACUUUCUAAUCCACAAUCAUUAUUAGUUUUAGAUUCAUUUUCAGCACAUAUUGUUAAUUCU